UCUGUUAAACCUAAUCUUGCCAUAUAGCCUCGCCAGAGAUCUCUUCAUGUUUUCAGCUCUGAAAAAGUUUACAAAAACAUCAGGUCAAGACAAGGAUCAUACAUUUUGUUUGUUUUUUAGCUGAUGGACAAAUUUUCUUUACUUGUAAGGUCUGCCUGAAACACAUUCUUAACUAAAUGGACUACAGAUUGAAAGGUUCACAUUUUCAAGGUUUUUUGGAAUUACUCUAAGAUGUUGUUCAGAAUGAUUCAAAACAUCUAUCACAUGUCUUUUGCAGAAAAACGUGUUUUGUAUGUUUGACAAGGACUUUAAACAUUUUCUAACAUCUUAACAAAGCCUGGAUUGGAUUGAAGGUUCAAGGGUCAUACAUACACUACAUUGAUAACUGCUUUUAGAUCUGAAAAGACCAUGAAAGUGGAAGAUCUCACAGGAGAGGAAGAGGAGAUGCAUUCAUUCAGAUGCGAACAGAAUGGGAGAACAAGAAAUGUCUGCACUAGAUGCCAACAGAAUAUGACACUUCAAGUGGCUGUUAAAGUUUUGUAUGCAUUCUUUGCUAUCCUAAUCAUAGCCGUGGUUGUGCUUUCAUCAUUAGUAUUCAAGAAGGUAGACUCCAUGACAGAAGAUGUUAACAUAGCCCAGUCCAGUUAUCAGAAGAAUAUUGUAUCAGUUCAGGAAACUCUUCAAGACCUUGAUACAAACUCAAGUUGUGCCUUCUGUGACAAAUUUGCUCAUCUUAAUCAAGAAAUACAAAAAAUACAAAAUGAAUUUCAGGCACUUCAGAAAAUGAUUUUGCUACAAGAACAGUCACUGGACCAUACCACAGAACUCUACCAACGUCUUAAAUCUUGGCAAAGUGAAAUAAGAAGUGGCACUGACGACUGUUUAUCAUCCAUCAGGUGGUUAAACCAAACACUUGAUUCAUUUUUCCAGCAGGCCAAUGAAAAGCACUUAAUAAUAGAAGAGGCAGAGGCAUCAGUAAAGACACUGACUGAGAAUAAAUAUGAUAUUCAAAGUGCAAUACAGGCAUUAAAUUAUACCAGUCAUCACACAUCUGAAUGGAUUGAUGUCCUUCGUAGGAAGACAGAUGAAGAAACACUGGUUCUGCAAAAAAUGGUGACAGACUGGCAGAAUUACACAAGGCUUCUUGGGGCUUUAAGAGUUUCUUCUGGCAAAGCAAAUGAAGUUAUUCGAAAUAUUCAAAGCAGUACUGCCAGCACAAUGCAAAUGACCCAACAAAAUGCAGAAGUUAUGCAUGAUUUAGUGCUGCAGGUUAUGGAUUUGCAAAUGCAUUUGGAUAAUAUAUCAUCUUCAAUGGAUGAACAUGAGGAAAAUAUGCAGGACUUCCAGUACCACGUAGACUAUCAAGAUAACAGAACAUCAGAAAAGUUUGAAACACUUGAUGGUCAAAUGACAUCCAUUGAAAAUGAAGUCCAUACAAUAUUUAUAAACAUCAAUGCUACCGACAACCAUGUUCACAGCAUGCUGAAAUACAUUUAUGAUGUAAGGACAUCCUGUGUUUCUGGCCUACAAAUGCAUGGAGAAGACCUUUAUUAUCUUAACAGGACCAUACUCCAAAUACAACAAACAACUGAUGUCCUAAGAGAACAGUAUAGUAUAAUGAAUAUUAGGCUUGACUUUGAUGUAAGGAAUCUCUCCAUGAUAAUGGAAGAAAUGAAGCUUAUCGAUACACGGCAUUCAGAUGCAAUCAAAAACUUUACUAUUUUAAAAGGACAACCAGGACCACCAGGGCCAAAGGGACCAAAAGGAGACCUUGGACAGAAAGGAUCAACAGGACCUCCAGGAGAAAAAGGAGAUGCUGGUGAAAUAGGACCUCCUGGCCCCAAAGGAAAUGAAGGGCCUUAUGGUCCAGCAGGCUCUGCUGGUGAAAAGGGUCCAACAGGCUCAAAAGGCAAUCAAGGGUUCAAAGGACAGAAGGGGUCUUUAGGCAUACCUGGUGCUCAAGGAGAAAAAGGUGUCAAGGGUGAAUCUGGAUUACCAGGGAUGCAGGGGUUACCAGGAUUAAGGGGCCCGCCAGGGCCAAAAGGUGAUACUGGAAUUCCAGGAAUUCCUGGACUACUUGGACUAGCUGGAAUAAGGGGACUUCCAGGAGAAAGAGGUCAUCGUGGACCUCCAGGACCUCCUGGUCAACCAGGACCUCCUGGUCCCCAGGGUCCAACAUAUGGCUCUUAGAGGUAUUCACAUAUGUUCCGUACUACUUUUGGAGUUGCCCAGAAAAUGAUACCAGUAAUAGAGUAUAUGGGUGAUUACAAAGUAAGAUGAAAGGCAAACAAGUGGCAAAUCAAACAAGAAUAAAAGCAAAGAGCCACUUGCUGUACUGAGGCUGGAAGGAAUGAAUGUGUGCAAUUAAGUGCAACACAAGUUUAUUUAUCUGCUUUUCAUUCACAGGACUUCAUCAGAAAAAAACUUUGCAUUUAAAAAUCCAAAUAUUUUUAUAUAAAAAAACAUAAUAGGAUAA